AUGCCGGUUGACCGUAUCCAAACCCCGCAGAAGGUGACGGAGGAGCAAUUCCAGCCGUCCCCUCCCCCACCGCUGCCGCCGAUGCCCGUGCAGCGGUCGACAUUCUAUGAGAACGCGCCAUGGGGCCACCAAGACGUCGAGCGUCGCAUAGCCCGCACUACCCCGGAGAAUGUGGUUCUCGCCGGUACGUCUGCCCAGUCCAGACGUCUGGAGGGCAUCAACGCCGACCGCCCUGAGCGCAGGCCUACUCCCGUCACCGACUUUGUGAGGCGUGGCAAUGUUGUCUAUUGCAGUGACUUCCCAUCCACACCCGAGCUGGAACAGUUCGACCUGCCGAACAUCCCUGCCACCGACAAUGACGGGCCGUUCCACCUCUCUUCUGCCUCAGUCCGGGCCACAUCCUUCGACGAGGAGUCUUUGUCCGACCAGGCCUUGCCUUCCGCGCCCCCUCCCACGCCCGACCCGGCCACACCCCCUGCGGUUGAACCUGUCCCCGAGAACGCCCACCGCAGCAAGAUUGCUGCUCGUUGGCGCUCUGUCCUCCGCGGCCCGAGCAGCAACAUAUUCAAGAGGCCUCGGGGUCCCCCGGUGACUGACGAGUACGAGACGCUGUCCAUGGUGACCGACUGGGGCUCGGGGAGCGAGCGGUCGAUGACGCUCGACGAGAGCGAGGGUGCCCAAGGCAACGAAGCCGCCGGUGACAGCUCCACCGAGCCGACAGGCCCCUCAGACGAGGGCGCCACAACCAAUGGUGAUGGCCCGGCACAGGAUGGACCCCUGGAGAGGAUUCUCACGGCUCAUAUUACGACCGCGCAGUGGCUCCAGUCUCCCGGUCACUACAUCCAACCCCCUCUGAUCACCCACGGCUGGAUCAAGGACUGGGCGCUCAAGACUGCACUCUACCAGCCACCUGUCACACCGUCUGAGCCCGACAGCUCCACCUUCUCGAACAGGCUUUCGACCGCCAGCGCCAAGCUCGGCAAGCCCCUCAGGCGACUUCUCAGCAGGCGCUCCCUCCGCAACUCUACCGUUUCGACUGACGGCGACAGCGCUGUCCGCGACUCGGUUGUCAUUUCGGAGGCGUCGUUUGGGACCCCGGAGGAGUACGUCCCUCGUCGUCCCUUAGCGGAGGGACGCAGGCCUUCGCCCCUCUCCCUCGACCAGACGAGCGAGGACAACGACCCAAGCACCCCGACCAUCGUCCCCACACCCAUGAACGAGCAGAUCACGGCCUCGCCGCGUUCGGAUGGGACCUCUACCCCUACCCCCACCGGUCCGUCCUCCCCUACCUCGGCACCCACACCCCGUUCGUCGCCCAGGCAAGCCUUGCCGCCAACCCCCACCGCAUCGCUCAGGCCAUACUACCUCACCCCCGGCCCAGGCCCCAUAACCCACCUCCAGCUCGAGGUCAUGUUUGCCACCGAGCCGGCGACAUAUGCGACGCCGCACGCAUCAGCCCUCACGGUCAACUUCUCUACCACGCCCAACUGGGUCAACCCGUCCCCCGAGCGCACGGUAGAGAGCGUCGCGCAGGUGUGGGAGAACGUGCGGAUGGGCGUCGCGCAGCUCCGCGGAGAGACGCUUCGGCUCGCGUACAUCCCACUGCUGGAGACUGAGCCACCUCUGACUCCGCCUGCUACUGGCGCCGCCACCCAAGAGUCAUCUGUCGAGUCAGAUAUGUACGCCGAAUUCGACAACGUCGACGCCACGCCGCGCCUCACCCGCCGUCUUAGCUGCCGAGCCAUGUCGACCGUCGCUUCCCCCAGCAUGGAGACUACACCUGGCUCUGCCGAGGUCUCGGCUGCCAGGACAGAGAACGAGGGUAACCUCUACUUCACCCGCCCCUGGUCGUCCCUAUCGAUGCUUCUCGAAUGGCACACGCCGGCGUGGUACACCCGGGACCGUAAACCCCUCCAGUUAGCCUCAGCGCUCAGCGUCGUCGACGAGGCCGACUCGUAUAUGUCCUCGCCGCGGUCGUCAAUGUCGACCGUUAGGCCUUCUAUCAACCUGUUCCGCGACGAGAGUGACGAUGACGUCGACCAGCCUAGUGCUGAGAUCGAGGCCGACGACGAGCCAGCCACUCCCCGAGCCUCCCAGCAGCAGCUCCCCGCCAUGAGCCCCGGCCCACAGAUCCGCCCGCCGAAGCCCAAGCUCGUCCUCGACGAAAGCAACCCGUCGAAGCCCCUUCAGAAGGAGCCCUGGGGUGCCAUCACCUCCCUGCUGGACGCGUUCGCGCAGUUCGCGUUCGAGGCCGAAAUCGCCGACACGCGCCUCGUGGCCAUGGCACACGGGCACGAGCCGUUCUAUCUCGCGACGGCGGCCAACCCCGCCGCGGACCGAAUCGUCUUCCUCGCACUGCUCACCUCGCUGGCCACCACGAUCAUCGACUCGUUCCCGCGUGCAAGCUUCGCUGGAGUGCCAGGUGCGCGGCUCCGCUCGAUCCUCGCCGCGUUCGUGGAGGCGGUCAAUGUCCUGUUUGAGCCGUUUGCCGAGACAGAGGGCGUCAUUGCGCAUCUUAACACGCGCCGUAUCUCGCGACUCGUCAACGGCGGCAAGAAGAUGCGUAUCCUCGGCCCGACGAUGCGCCUGAGCGACUUCAUGGCUGGUGUGGAGGGUCACGCCGAUGAGGUCUAG